GCGCACCCCAUGGAGUCGUGGCGGAGGCGGACGCUCCUCAAGGUCAUCGUCCUCGGCGACAGCGGGUCAGCACGUUUCACCUUCGCUUAAUUCUCGCACUUUCCAUUUCUCUUCUGUCGUCGUCUGUUACCGGCGCUCGUCAUUUCCGGUUUGCUUAACGUCGAUCGGCUUCACAUGGAUUGGUGGGCUGGUUUGGAGAGUGCAGGGUCGGCAAGACGUCGCUGAUGAACCAAUACGUGAGCAAGAAGUUCAGCCAGCAGUACAAGGCGACGAUCGGUGCCGAUUUCCUCACCAAGGAGGUCCUCAUUGGCGACAGGCUUGUCACCUUGCAGGCACUCCUCUUUGUCCGAUUUCGUUUAAUUCUUGCGCCAGACACCAAGAGGAAACGUGGCGUGCGGCGGUCGUCAAAUUGUGUUAUGCCCUUACUGUGUGUGCAGAUAUGGGACACGGCGGGGCAGGAGAGGUUCCAGAGUCUUGGCGUAGCGUUCUACAGGGGAGCAGAUUGCUGUGUGCUAGUUUAUGAUGUCAAUGCUAAGAGAAGCUUUAAUACACUCAACACCUGGCAUGAUGAGUUCCUCAAUCAAGCUAGCCCAUCAGAUCCUCAACAUUUUCCAUUCAUUUUGGUCGGGAACAAGAUUGAUUUAGAUGGCGGAAGCAAAAGAAUGGUGAGUUUCCUGAGUGUGCAAACUUUCUUAUAUAGAUUCGGAAUACUCUGCAGUCUCUUUGCGCACAGGUUUCUGAGAAGAAAGCGAGGGAAUGGUGUGCCUCCAAGGGCGACAUUCCAUACUUCGAAACCUCUGCAAAGGAGGACCACAAUGUUGACACUGCUUUUCUAUGCAUUGCCAAGCUCGCUUUGGAGCAUGAGCAUGACCAAGACAUUUACUUCAAGACAGUUGCAGAACAAGUCCCGGAUACUGAACAGACAGGCGGAUGUGCUUGCUAGGAGUCAGCCAUUUCCUGUAACUCUGUGGUUGUUACUGUAUACAAUAAGCUCACAUACCUGGCAGCUGUUUCACAAGCUGAUGUAGCCAUUCUUAAUUGUAACUGUAGCAUCAGUGGCUGAUAAUUAUUGUAGCAUCGGUUUGCAAACUCUGCUUGCGCCGUCCUGCUCUCACUCCUAGCAGGACAAUAAAAAACCACACCCUUGCAGAACA